AUGGGACAUUCCGCCUCCGCUGAUUGCGCGGCUGGUGGUGCCACUGCGGCACCUUCGCCAAGUAGCCUGCUGUGGGUGAGGAUUCUAACAGGGAGCAAGCUGCAAACACCCAAUUCUCUGAGCGGUGACAGCAUCCUCAAGGUGUGCCGGUGGUUAUUGGGCAAACCACAUACCUGGCGCUUGUACGUGACUGUUUCAGUUGGCAGAGGGCAGGGCCAAACUGAGAUAGUGCACGUGCCCAGUCAUGGCGAUGUCAAUUUUACGCAUUCGCCAAUUCCGUUCACAUUGGAAGACAUUGUUACGUACGAAGGUGGUAUGGUUCCUCGAGCAAGCUCGUUAGCAUCUAUGUCUCUGGCGUCCACACUUCUGGACCGACGGAUUCCUGAAAUGACUGUCAAGGUUUAUCGCGUCCGACGACUUUGUUCGGAUGCUCUCGUCAGUGUUGCGCGUUUACCCAUCAGCACUACGGAAUUGGCAGGCACUUCCAGGGAACAUCGCAUUUGCCUUGCGAAUGGGUGUGGUAUGAUCACCAUCCGGUGCAGUUUCAAUUGCUCUGUGAAUGACUUGCCGAACCUGCAGAGUGUUCUCGCAUAUCCGCGACGUCAUUCGUUGGCAAAGUUUGCGCAAGCCUUGGCGCAGCUUCUGCAGGGAGAGGAUGGGCUUGAAAUCUUGCAGCGGGCAGUGCCGGAAUCCUUGCAUUUGCCCAGAGCAGCGGAGAAAGUCACCAGCACUAUGCAAAGCUUUUUGGUUUCUCUUUGCAACCAAGUUAGCAUGCUCUCCAACGAGGAGACCGAUCGUGAGGUUAUGCAGCGCUUCGCGCCGCUGUCACGCAGUAUCCAAGAUUUCAUUGCAGAGUGCACAUCAAACUCUGCAGACGUUGCUGCGCUCGCUGAAGAGUGGCUGUGUGGCACUUUUUCCCUUUGUGCGCAGAAAGCGGGUGGCCAGAAGCUUCCAACCAUGAACAAUUACAUGAUCAAGGACUUCCUGAAGCAAGGGGAGCGAUACCCAGGAAUGGACCACCUCGUACCGAUUGAUUCAAAAGGUGAUGCGGUGGCCGACUGGCUAAAUUCCCCGCCCAUGGUUCGCCGGGACUAUGUGCCUCGAGAAGCUAUUCUCGGCAAAGGCAUGUUUGGUACUGUUUGGCGUGCUAUGGACCUAAGAUCACGCCAGUGGUAUGCGGUAAAGCGCAGCAACACUUCCCGGCAGCCGACCAUCUUGCGAGAGCGGGAAGUUACGAAUCAUGUGCUGAUGAAUCCGCACCCGUGCAUCGUGCAAAUUUUUGGUAACCAUUACAUAGAAAGCGGCUCAUGCUUCUCCUCGCUGGUCAUGGAGUUUUGUGCUGGUGGAGAUCUGCAGGAUAAGGUGAACCAGGCUCACAUUGAUCAUGGCUACAAAGUGCCAGUGCAAGCCUUGACCUGGCUGGGCCAAAUCUUUCUGGGUUUGGAACACCUGCACAUGGUGCUCGGCACGUUGCAGCGCGACCUGAAGCCUCGCAAUGUUGUUUUUUCUGACGACGGGCGUGCGAAGCUGACAGAUUUCGGCAUGGGGCGAAUAGGCUUGGUCUCAAGUGGCGCCUUCACGCUGCAGAACUGCCCUCCAGGAAGUCCUGCCUAUGUUGCACCCGAGGUGGUUAUCCAGAAGCCUUACGACUUUAAGGCAGACAUCUAUUCAUUUGGUGUAGUUUGCUGGAACGUCCUCACCGGUGGCAUCCGGGAUUCCGGUGGAGAUUGGUCAGCGCCUUGUUACGCUUUCUCCGCCCAUAACUUUGCCAACCUGGCAAACAACCACCGCUUGUUGGAGAAGCAUGUAAGACAUCCAUCGAGGUACAAUGCCCAAAGCACAACUUCAGAGGCUGCAGAGUUUGUGUUGCUGCUGACCAAACCAGACCCUGAGCAGCGCCCAGACCAUAGUAAAAUCCGCAGUGUGCGCUUUAUGGCUUGUUUGAAUUUGCCUGAGCCGGAUGCAAGAAGGAGCCAGAUUGAUGAGUGGAUUCGCAACCGAGAUAAGCUAGCCGAAAAAUCUCAGCUUCAGGUUUAG